UAAGUUGACCGCAGUGGCCUUGAACCCUGAGCCUCCUGCCUACACAUUUCAAGAGCUGGGACCACAGGGGUGUGUUUCACUUUAACUGUUCUCUUGCCAAAAUAGAAGACACAUUGCAUCAGCUGCCUGAAGAGGCUCUCCUGCCAGUCAAGACCCACUUUAGACAGAGAAAGCCCCUAAAAAUAGCCAUCCACGUGCUGGCUCAACAGGUGAUUGGCUCUGAGCAGGGAGGAGAUCCUCCAGACUGGGUAAAGGAGACGGGGAAGGACAGUGCCAUUCCCAGCCUUCCUUCGACAAUGGCUCUGCCUCUGAAGGUCCUGAGCCGGAGCAUGGCCAGUGCAGCCAAAGGAGACCAUGGAGGGGCAGGAGCCAGCACCUGGCGCCUCCUGACCUUUGUGCUGGCUCUCCCCAGCGUAGCCCUCUGCUCCCUUAACUGCUGGAUGCACGCUGGCCACCGAGAGCGCCCAGAGUUCAUCCCUUACCACCACCUCCGCAUCCGAACCAAGCCCUUCUCCUGGGGGGAUGGUAACCACACACUUUUCCACAAUCCCCACGUCAAUCCUUUGCCCACCGGCUACGAGCACCCUUGAAGUCUCAGCAGACACACUCUUCCAACAAUCUCCAAAUCGACCUUCUGCACACCGGCUCUGAGAGCCCCCUGAGGUUCCAGUGGACAGUUCCAAUAGCAAUAAAGGUGUGAAACUUUUGUGUCCUCUGGCUCUUUGGGAGCAGCAUGGCAAAAGGGACUGGGUAGGCUCUAGGGCAGUUGGUAUCUAGGUUCAAGUUACUUUUUAUAUAAGGAAAAUGUGAUGUUUCCCCCUGCAUUUUCAUUUUAUUUUUUAAAAAUUCAUACAAGCAAUAUAUUGAAUAUUGAGCAUA